AUGGGCCCCGGCUGCACGGUGGGACAAGGGGGGAGGAGUGAUAAUCACCGACAGGCAGAAUAGAUCCUGGGAGCAGCUUUCUGCCCGCUGGACCAAACAGAGCUCAUCUGUCAAGUGAAUGUAUUAUACACAGAGCAGAACAGAGCCAGGCUGGGCCCAGUAGCAUAGUACAAGUCCUCACUCUUUCGAGUCUCAACACACUGAGUUUAAUUUCAUGGCCCCAGCCCAAAGGGCCUGUGAGAACAACACCAUGCAAACAAAACUAAACACUGCUACCCUCUCUACUUGUGUGAGCCACCACACUACAGUGCCUUGCAAAAGUAUUCAUUCCCCUUGGCGUUUUUCCUAUUUUGUUGCAUUACAACCUGUAAUUUAAAUUGAUUUUUAUUUGGAUUUCAUGUAAUGGACAUACACAAAAUAGUCCAAAUGGGUGAAGUGAAAUGAAAAAAAUAACUUGUUUAAAAAAAAAGGGGUGCGUGCAUAUGUAUUCACCCCCUUUGCUAUGAAGCCCCUAAAUAAGAUCUGGUGCAACCAAUUACCUUUAGAAGUCACAUAAUUAGUUAAAUAAAGUCCACCUGUGUGCAAUCUAAGUGUCACAUGAACUGUCACAUGAUCUCAGUAUAUAAACUCCUGUUCUGAAAGGCCCCAGAGUCUGAAACACCACUAAGCCAGCAAGGGGCACCACCAAGUAAGCGGCACCACCAAGCAAGCGGCACCAUGAAGACCAAGGAGCUCUCCAAACAGUGAAGCAUGGUGGUGGCAGCAUCAUGCUGUGGGGAUGUUUUUCAUCGGCAGGGACUGGGAAACUGGUCAGAAUUGAUGGAAUGAUGGAUGGCGCUAAAUACAGUCUUCCAGAGAUUUGAGACUGGGACGGAGGUUCACCUUCCAGCAGGACAGUGACCCUAAGCAUACUGCUAAAGCAAUACUCGAGUGGUUUAAGGGGAAACAUUUAAAUGUCUUGGAAUGGCCUAGUCAAAGCCCAGACCUCAAUCCAAUUGAGAAUCUGAGGUAUGACUUAAAGAUUGCUGUACACCAGCGGAACCCAUCCAACUUGAAGGAGCUGGAGCAGUUUUGCCUUGAAGAAUGGGCAACAAUCCCAGUGGCUAGAUGUGCCAAGCUUAUAGAGACAUACCCCAAGAGACUUGCAGCUGUAAUUGCUGCAAAAGGUGGCUCUACAAAGUAUUGACUUUGGGGUGGGGGGGGUGAAUAGUUAUGCACGCUCAGGUUUUCUGUUUUUUUGUCUUAUUUCUUGUUUGUUUCACAAGAAAAAAUAUUUUUCAUCUUCAAAGUGGUAGGCAUGUUGUGUAAAUCAAAUGAUACAAACCCUCCAAAAAUCCAUUAUAAUUCCAGGUUGUAAGGCAACAAAAUAGGAAAAAUGCCAAGGGGGGUGAAUACUUUCGCAAGCCACUGUAUAUUGGGCAGAGAGCGAGAGACCCUCUGUGCUCUGUUAGUGGCAAAUGGUAAAAGCUACAUAGCUUUCACACAUUCCAUGACUCAGUUGGUUAGGGCAUGACAGGGCGCCUACUGUACAAGACCAGGUUGUAGGUUUGAUUCUCACCUGGGAACAGUGUGUUAACUGAAUGUGUUAUAUGUGUUAACUCUGUGUUACCUGUAAGUCAGUGUGGGAAAAAAGCAUCUAUAAAAUGACCCUAUUUAUUAUUUGGGGUUUUUCAUCACGUAUUAAUGUCAUUCUUCAUCCCAUAUGCUCAUAUGAUUUAAUAGAGAAGCCUUACAAAAAAUAUUUAGUCGCAACGUAAAUAUCCUAGGAAAUGAUCUUGGGCUGUGGCAUGGUGGGGGCUAAGCCAGGCCCUUUAGGGGUUUGGGAGGUAGAUGGAGGAAGAUUGGAAAGCAUAGCUAGAAUCAGGGUCACUUUUCCAUUUUGAACCUUGAUCUGCUCGCAUGGCUUUCGUGCUCAUUACGUACAGAAAAUUUACAGAAACCCGUACAGAAAAUGUAUAUCAAAUUAGUUUAUUUCUCAUCCAUCUUUUGGGCCAUUUUUCUCUCUCUCGUGUGUGUGUGUGUGUGUGUGUGUGUGUGUGUGUGUGUGUGUGUGUGUGUGUGUGUGUGUGUGUGUGUGUGUGUGUGUGUGUGUGUGUGUGUGUGUGUGUGUGUGUGUGUGUGUGUGUGUGUGUGUGUGUGUGUGUGUGUGUGUGUGUGUGUGUGUGUGUGUAGGACUUCCUGGGCCAGGUGUUCUGUACCCUGGGUGAGGUGGUGGGCUCCAUGGGAAGCUGCAUGGAGAAACCUCUCAUGUAAGUAAUGUGCUGUACCGUUCACACACACACAUACACACUACCCUUUACCCUAUUGUUGCUAUUUUUGGCCUAUUUUGUCCUCAUUAUUAAAAGCCAGGCCCAAGAGGCAACAUAAAUUACAUGGUUUAAAGUUGUAUUUUAUUUAACAUUUUGCAUCGUUGGUAUUCAAUUGAUGUACAGUAUAUUCCACAUUGCGGCCAAUAUCGUUGCAAUUCCAGUCAAUUAAGGAAAUAGAUUGAUCAUUCAAUACAUGAUUACCCAUACCCUACCCCACCUUGAGAACUCUUUGUUGUUGGCUAAGCAAGGAUACCGCAAAUUAAUUAGAAAACUUAAAUGGUGAUUCAUGUCUGUGGUGAAUAGUUUCCAAGUCUUACACAAAUGAGAAGUGCAAAUUUGUAAAUGUAUUUUUUAAUGAAAGCAUAUGGCCGCUCUGGAAAACAAGGCUACAAUGGCCUGCGCUGUGCACUACAAAUAUACAGUCGUGGUCAAAAGUUUUGAGAAUGACACAAGUAUUGGUCUUCACAAAGUUCGCUGCUUCAGUGUUAUGAGAUAUUUUUGUCAGAUGUUACUAUGGUAUAUUGAAGUAUAAUUACAAGCAUUCCAUAAGUGUCAAAGGCUUUUAUUGACAAUUACAUUAAGUUUAUGCAAAGAGUCAAUAUUUGCAGUGUUGACCAUUCUUUUUCAAGACCUCUGCAAUCCGCCCUGGCAUGCUGUCAAUUAACUUCUGGGCCACACCGGCCGUGAUUGGGAGUCCCAUAGGGCGGCGCACAAUUGGCCCAGUGUCGUCCGGGUUUGGCCGGUGUAGGCCGUCAUUGUAAAUAAGAAUUUGUUCUUAACUGACUUGCCUAGUUAAAUAAAGGUAAAAUAAAAAUUAAAUAAAAAAAUAACUUCUGGGCUACAUCCUGACUGAUGGCAGCCCAUUCUUGCAUAAUCAAUGCUUGGAGUUUGUCAGAAUUUGUGGGUUUUUGUUUGUCCACCCGCCUCUUGAGGAUCGACCACAAGUUCUCAAUGCGAUUAAGGUCUGGGGAGUUUCCUGGCCAUGGACCCAACAUUUUGAUGUUUUGUUCCCCGAGCCACUUAGUUAUCACUUUUGCCUUAUGGCAAGGGGCUCCAUCAUGCUGGAAAAGGCAUUGGUCGUCACCAAACUGUUCUUGGAUGGUUGGGAGAAGUUGCUCUCGGAGGAUGUGUUGGUACCAUUCUUUAUUCAUGGCUGUGUUCUUAGGCAAAAUUGUGAGUGAGCCCACUCCCUUGGCUGAGAAGCAACCCCACACAUGAAUGGUCUCAGGAUGCUUUACUGUUGGCAUGACACAGGACUGAUGGUAGCGCUCACCUUGUCUUCUCCGAACAAGGUGUUUUCCGGAUGCCCCAAACAAUCGGAAAGGGGAUUCAUCAGAGAAAAAGACUUUACCCCAGUCCUCAGCAGUUCAAUCCCUGUACCUUUUGCAGAAUAUCAGUCUGUCCCUGAUGUUUUUUCUGGGGAGAAGUGGCUUCUUUGCUGCCCUUCUUGACACCAGGCCAUCCUCCAAAAGUCUUCGCUUCACUGUGCAUGCAGAUGCACUCACACCUGCCUGCUGCCAUUCCUGAGCAAGCUCUGCACUGGUGGUGCCCUGAUCCCGCAGCUGAAUCAACUUUAGGAGACGGUCCUGGCGCUGGCUGGACUUUCUUGGGCGACCUGACGCCUUCUUCACAACAAUUGAACCUCCUUGAAGUUCUUGAUGAUCCAAUAAAUGGUUGAUUUAGGUGCAAUCUUACUAGCAGCAAUGUCCUUGCCUGUGAAGCCCUUUUUGUGCAAAGCAAUGAUGACGGCACGUGUUUCCUUGAAGGUAACCAUGGUUAACAGAGGAAAAACAAUUAUUUCAAGCACCACCCUCCUUUUAAAGCUUCCAGUCUGUUAUUCUAACUCAAUCAGCAUGACAGAGUGAUCUCCAGACUUCUCGUCCUCGUCAACAUUCACCUGUGUUAACGAGAGAAUCAUUGACAUGAUGGCAGCUGGUCCUUUUGUGGCAGGGCUGAAAUGCAGUGGAAAUGUUUUUUGGGGAUUAAGUUCAUUUUCAUGGCAAAGAGGGACUUUGUAAUUAAUUGCAAUUCAUCUGAUCACUCUUCAUGACAUUCUGGAGUAUAUGCAAAUUGCCAUCAUCAAAACUGAGGCAGCAGACUUUGUGAAAACUAAUAUUUGUGUCAUUCUCAAAACUUUUGACCGACUGUACAUGCUGUAUCUUCAGUGAUGUAUUCCAGUAUAUUGUAACAUACAGUACAAUAUGGCCUGGUAUUUUGAAGCAGAUUUGUUAUGGUGUUAGGAGGCCCUCUGUCACUUCCACUAAUGGUUUUAAGGGCAAAGAGGAAAAUGUAUGCGUCCCAAAUGGCACCCUAUUCCCUUUAUACUACUACUGUAUACUUACUACUUUUGACCUGGGCCAGUAGGGGUCUGGUCAAAAGCAGUGCACUAUAUAGGGAAUAGGGUGCUAUUUGGGACGCAUGCAAUGUGUUGGAGGUCCAUUUCUUUACUUCCUGAGGCACUGAGAGCAGGGUGUUCUUCAUGUGUGAACCGUGAGUGGGGUGGCAUUCGCCCCACUGUGUUUGUGUGUGCCUGAGAUGAUUUUGUGUGUGUGUUUCUGUAUGUAUGCACGUGCGUGUGUGUGCGUGCAUGUGUGGUGUGUGUGUGUGGCAAAUGUAUGUACAGUAUGUAUGUAUGAAUCAUUGGGUAGUUGCAGCUGAAUGGGUCUGCAGAAGAAUGGAACACAAGACGAUGAUAUAAGACUGUGCCACUGUUAUCGAGUUACAUAAUCAUCUCAGGCUACACUCAUUCAGUGUGUGUGUUUUGUGUGUGUGUGUGUGUGUUUGUAUGCAGCCGGUCCACUGUAUCUUCAAGUGGCACCUCUAUUUACAUGAAGACGGCCGAGUCAAAAGCGUGGCACUUGUGCUCGGUGGAGUGGAGGAAGAUUUUACAAAUUAAGAGCAGAGCAAAGGAGGAGCAUAUGUGCAGAACUAAACAAUGCUGGCUGUGAUGAUUUUAGGAGGCACACCACAAACAGGCAUUGAGAUGUCACACAGCAUUUAUUAUACUAUUUCACAUGACAAGUAUACCCCUUUUUACAUUGUCCUGUGAUACCCACCAUACUGUGCUGGUCCAGAUAUUUUCUUUUCACUUAAAGGUGGGAAAGUGAGCCAAAAGAGUAUAGAUUUUGUAGUCCCUGUUCUAGACUACAGGUGAGAAUGUACAGUUAUGACUAACUGUUCCCUGAAGGUGGGAAACAAGGAACACAGCUAUGGGGAGUUUGUGCACUAGCGCCUUCUACUGAAGAACAUUUGAACCAAUCCUGACAAGGCCAAUGAACAGUGUGCCUCACCGGAAGCCCCGUCUUCCACACGUGAUAAACCCGAGGCACAGAUACGUUCGUUCAAUUCAGUACCGCUCUUCAUCGAGCCCAGAACUGGGCGGUGCGGGGCCAAACAGGUGUUGUACCUAAUUUCCCUCCUACAGGGAACAGUAGUUAUAGCCAUAACUGUACGUUCCCUUUCAGUCGGUCAACUCCGUACAACACAGCUAUUGGGAUAUGAAAUCACGCCCCAUACCGACCGUAGCGGACACCAAAUGAAAUGGCCCAUGGCAGACCACCCAGAGUUCCAACCCGAAUGGAAAGCCAGUGGUACCCGGGUAUUGCGCAAUCUGCACGCUGCGUAAUGACCCUCUCCUGUCCCAGCCGUAAGCACACUGUGGGCUACACUGGGAGCAGUGACAUGGUGCAGCUGUAGAACUUAUGUAUGCUAAACGAGAGAGCUACACAAUCAAUUCCACCAUGGGAGGCAGGAAUCACCAGUAGCAGUACACUAGCUAGCUCGCCUUGACGAGUCAGCUAACCUGGGUAGCACACUAUGCAGCGCUGUUUAGCUAGCCUGAUCCCCUCCACAUAAGACCGGAUCAUCGGCCAAGUUUGGGAAGAGUGGUAAACGUGUUUGACCGAGGCAGGUACAUGCGGCCGGGCGUGACCACCGACCCGGCAGCUCUCUCCCUUCAAGUCACCUCCCUUAGCCGGUGACAGAGCGCACAGCAACCGGGUUGAGCUAGGUCAGCUUUCGCAUGCCUCAGCCCAGGCAGACAAGACAUUUGAUCCGACUAAAGGCCCAAAUCAUCCUUGGGUCACGUAACUCAUACCCAGCCGAGGUACGGGCACCCGUGAGAGGAAGCCAUAAGAAUUCCAUACGUUUGCCAAGGGAACCUGCGCGCACCAUUGACUAGGGGAACAGUGACAGCGGCGUGCAAGCCACUGUUACUGACACCGUCCCGCACGCAAGCUGACCCGAGCGGGGGCAGCUGGAGCAUGCACCGUGUCGAAACAGAUAACAAAAUGUGAGUAUCUUUUAAUUUAUUUCGACAAGGUCUUGAACCCGAGCCCUGCUUGUUAGCUUUCGUCGUUUUGGUUACAUUACUCCGCCAAUUAGCCAGGCUAAACAGGCAGAAGAAUAACUAACAGAUUCAGCAGGAAACUCACAAAGCCAGUUACCAAGCUUUAACACACAAUUUCCAGAAGGAUGAGCACGCCCAUGUUAAGUUAGAGUAAACCCUGAUAUUUCGCGUUCCCAUGAUUAUUUUAAAGAAUAGAUUAAAUUGUUCUGCUCAGCUCGAGGUGAAGAGCAGAAGACUUGAAGGAAUGAAUCCGUGACUUGGGUUUAUCACCUGUGGAAGGCGGGACUUCCGGUGAGGCACGGUGUUCAUUGGCCUUCUCAGGCGUGAUUCUAAUGUUCUUCAGUAGAGGGCGCUAGCAUGUGAACUCCCCAUAGCUGUGUUGUACCGAGUUGACUGACUGAAAGGGAACCAGAUCAACUCUGUAGAUCAUUUAAUUGUAUGAACUGCAUAGUUAGUUCAAUGCCAUUCGUCUUCUUUAUCCAGCCACCUCUUUCCUAUACCCUCACUCUCUCUUACUCCCCGUCCCUUUCUCUCUCGCUCAUUCUCUUUCUAUCUCUCCCUCCCUUUCUGUUUUUGUGUCUCUCUAUCACACUCAGCUACUCAUUCACUCUUUCACUGACUCUCUCCUCCUCUCUCUCUCACAGUCUCUUUCCAUCUCCCUUUCCCGUGCUAUGUCGUCGUCGUCCCCCUCCCACCUCCCCUCCAGUGCCAAGGUUUUGUGCUCACUGCUCACCCAGUCAGUUCAUUUCAGUGAGUGCUUCUCUCGCUGUGCCUCCGAGAGCCCCGGCUGCAUUUCAAAGACUCACUUCAAUUUGCCAUCUAUUUUCCUCCAUGCAUAUUAUUGCAUAAUUCCAGCAACAUUACAUAGCUCUACUUAGCCACAUGAAAAACAAUGUUGCUCUCUCUCUCCAGUCUAAACCAAGCCUUUGGGUUCUGGCAUUCAUUUGUCUAUUUUUAGACUUGGUCAAGUUCUUUCUGUCUGUUGACAUUCUGCACAAAACGGCAGGCCUCAUCUUUGUCAAGGAAGGUAUUGACGAUUCAUGUACGACAUGCUAGAUGGACAGGUCGUCAUUGUAAAUAAGAAUUGGUUGUUAAUUGACUUACCUGUAUAAAUAAAGGUGAACUAAAAUAAAAUACAAAAAUGGACGGAGUGCCAUGAACAACACACAAAUGUACAGUAACGCUGCCAGAAGUGAUGAUUCUAGUCUCUCUCUUUUGUGUUUUAACAGUGGGAUUCCAGGGAAGAAGUGUGGUACCAUCAUAGUGAGAGCAGAGGAGCUGAGCAAUUGCAGGGUGAGUGGUUUUUGUGUGUAAAAAUAAAUAGGAAAUCAUAGUAUGCAGCUGUUGUAAGUGUUCCCGUUUGAAUGAACAGUCAUCAUCAAAAUGGAACAACUUUAGCAUUUUAAACAGUGGAUAUUCCAUCAUACAUAGCCACAUACUCUACAUGGGAGCAAAAAAAUGACUUGUUGCCUGUUUUCCUACAAAUAACUCUCUAAAUACUAAGGGACCCAGUCAAUCAAAACAGGUCACGAAAUGUAAACGAAUUAGAAAAAAUAUUUGAAUAUUAUGUGCUAUUUUCCCAGUCUGUGGUUUUGAUUGUCUGUCUGUUCCAUCUAUCUGUAACCUGUUCUCUCUAGGAGUCAGUGAUGCUGCAGUUCUGUGGGAACAAGUUGGACAAGAAAGAUUUCUUUGGGAAAUCGGAUCCUUUUCUGGUCUUCUACCGCGGUAACGAAGAUGGAUCGUAAGUCGUCACGACAAGCUUUGAUUUAUUAUUACAUUUUGUACAAAACAUCAUACAAAUCUAAUCAAAACUUGAUUAAUUCACAACCGCUAACAUUUGUAUUAUUAAAGUGUUAUUAAAUCAUAUUUGUUUACAUACAGUAUAUAUACUGUACUGUGUGAAGGGCGGCAGGUAGCCUAGCGGUUAAGAGCGUUGGGCCAGUAACCGAAAGGUCGCUAGUUCGAAUCCCCGAGCCGGCAAGGUGGAAAAAUCUGCCAUUCUGCCCUUGAGCAAGACAGUUAACCCCCAACAACAACUGCUACCCGGGUGCCGAUGACGUGGUCAUCGAUUAAGGCAGCCCCACACACCUCUCUGAUUCAGAGGGGUUGAGUUAAAUGCGGAAGACACAUUUCGGUUGAAUGUCAGUUGUAUCCCCUUUCUGCCCAUACACAGUGGAAAAGAAGUCUGUAGCUUCCAGUCGAAUCUCGCAUCCACAACAAGACCAUGGUGCUUACCUACAGAACAGCAAGAGGAACUGUCCCUACCUUCAGGCUAUGCUCAAACCCUACAACCCGAGUACUCCGUUCUGCCACCUCAGGUCUCUUGGCCCUCCCACCCCUACGGGAGGGCAGCUCCCACUCAGCUCAGCCCAGUCCAAGCUCUUCUCUGUCCUGGCAUCCCAAUAGUGGAACCAGCUUCCCCCUGAAGCUAGAACAGCAGAGUCCCUGCCCAUCUUCUGAAAACAUCUUAAACCCUUCAAACAGUAUCUUACAUAAUCCUACUCUUAUUCUACUGAUAGCUGCUUUAUUGAGGAAAAAUGUACUUUCUAUGCCUGUGAUAUGUGGUUGUCCCACCUAGCUAUUUUAAGAUGAAUGUCUCUCUGGAUAAAAGCAUCUGCUAACUGACUAAAAUGUAAAUGUAGACACAGAACAAAUACUGUACCCAUAUGGUGACUUUAUGGUAUAUAAUACUGCCCACUCAUAAGACUCAUGUUAUGUACCCUAUACUACGUCCCUGUCGAGACAUACACAGAGAGUGUAGGUGGUAAGGGAUGAGUGGACGUGAAAGAAAGGAAGAGAGGAGAGGAGAAAUGAAGGGUAAAGAAAAUAGAGGGUGGUUGAGACUGAGUUAAACACACAUUUGCCCAGCAGAUGUUUUUAUGCGAGCUGCCUCACUUAUCUUACACUUAACACGUUUGGCUUUUGUGCAGCUGGAUAUUUACUGAAGCAGUUUAAAUGGCUAGCUCCGGGGCACAACAGCAGCAUGCCCACCCUGACCACAUGGCCACACUGCAUCCUGUAUAAGAACAGGAAGCUGCUGUUGUUUUGUUUUGACUUUUAUAGAGCAAGAAAUAAGUAGGCGUUGACAACAACAUGUUGUCUUGAAAGGGUCCUAACAGCCAUUGUGUGUGUGCUUGUGUGCGUGUGUUUCUAGAUUUACUAUCUGCCAUAAGACAGAGGUGAUGAAGAACACUCUGGACCCAGUGUGGCAAGCCUUCAAGAUCCCCGUCAAGGCCCUGUGCAACGGAGACUAUGACAGGUAA